GUCUCAUUUUGCAGACUGCUCGGUUCAGACUACAAAGGCUACGUCCUCCGAAGGCUUCAGGACUUUAGAAACAGCUACUACUGUUUCUGAAGUCCUGAAGCAGACUGACACAACAUGGCUUUCUUCACUCACCACGUCUGCAGGGCUCUGUCGUCUUCGGCUGUGAGGAAUGUUGUCAUUAAGCAUGUAACGAUCAUCGGAGGGGGGCAGAUGGGUGCAGGCAUUGCACAGGUUGCUGCAUCCACUGGCCAUUCGGUGACGCUGGUGGACACAAAUACCGACAUCCUUAAGGCGGCCGUCAAAGGAAUCGAAGGGAACCUUAAAAGAAUGGUGAAGAAAAAGUUUGCUGAUAAACCAGAGGCAGGGGAAGAGUUCAUCCAGAAAGCCUUGCAGAACGUGUCCACCUCGACAGAUGCUGGAUCUGUCGUCCAGGGCUCGGAUCUUGUGUUGGAGGCCAUUGUGGAAAACCUAAAAGUCAAACAGGAUCUCUUUAGUGGGCUCGACAAGCUGGCACCAGCACACACCAUCUUUGCCAGCAACACAUCCUCCCUGUCCAUCGCUGACAUCGCCAGCUCCACCAACAGGCUGGAUAGAUUCGGCGGCCUUCACUUCUUCAACCCAGUCCCCUUGAUGAGGCUUGUGGAGGUCAUUGCAACCUCGGCAACAAGCCAAGAGACGUUCGAUUCCCUCAUGAACUUCAGCAAAAUGCUCGGCAAAACAUCGGUGUCCUGCAAGGACACACCAGGAUUCAUUGUGAACCGCCUGCUUCUGCCUUACAUCAUGGAGGCCUUCCGGAUGUAUGAGAGAGGGGACGGAUCUAAAGAGGACAUCGAUGUUGCCAUGAAACUUGGCUGUGGUUAUCCCAUGGGACCCUUUGAGCUGUCGGACUACGUAGGACUGGACACCAUGAAGUUCAUCAUGGACGGUUGGUCUGCAGAUAAUCCCGACAACCCGAUCUUUGCUCAGAGCGAGAUGCUGAACAAGAUGAUCGCAGAGGGGAAACUGGGCAAAAAGACCGGAGAAGGAUUCUACAAGUACAAGUGAUUCCCUCACGCCACCGGGGAAACUAGUCAGAACUUAAUAAAGCUGAACAAUGACUCAAUUAUAAAAGGUGCCUGUGCCUUCUGUAAUGAAGGGGGACUUUAGUCUGUCGGUCUCUUAUGGACGUCCACUGAAUGACAUCUUUGCGUGUGUGUGUGUGUGUGUGUGUGUGUGUGGUGUGUGUGUGUGUGUGUGUGUG